CCGGUGAAAUCACCAUCAGUACCGCUUACGUACGCUUCGUGAACGUUUGUUUCUCAAGUCCACUCAAACUCAACCACAAAAUGUCUGGCCGCGGCAAAGGAGGCAAAGUUAAGGGAAAGGCAAAGUCCCGUUCCAACCGCGCUGGAUUGCAGUUCCCAGUCGGUCGUAUUCACCGUCUGCUCCGGAAGGGCAACUAUGCCGAGCGUGUCGGUGCCGGCGCUCCAGUCUACUUGGCUGCCGUUAUGGAAUAUCUGGCCGCUGAAGUGCUCGAAUUGGCAGGAAACGCUGCCCGUGACAACAAGAAGACCAGAAUCAUUCCCCGUCAUCUGCAGUUGGCCAUCCGCAACGACGAAGAAUUGAACAAGCUGCUGUCCGGUGUUACCAUCGCCCAAGGUGGUGUUCUGCCCAACAUUCAGGCUGUCUUGCUGCCGAAGAAAACCGAGAAGAAGGCAUAAGUUACUACACUGCGUGCAUCAAACCAAAAACCGUCCUUUUCAGGACGACAA